GUGGCCUUCAGUUUUGGUCUUGGAGUUGUUUAGGGGGAAGGUGGAGACUGACAUCCUUGUAAUUCAAGAUUUGAUGCCUUCUGAGAAACAGGGGUCUUGAUGAGUUGAUUACUGGCAAGGCAUAUGAUCCAGUAAGUGUCUCUGAUCAUUACUCUCCAUUAUCUUCUCCACAGAUUUUCUGUUCCCAUGGAAUCUUUCCAAUUUGAUCUGGGCUCAAUUUCAAGCAAUUCUUAUUCAGAUGAAGGAAAUAAUGAACUCAUCCACCCCCUUUUCAUUCCAACCAACUUAGACCUCCCUAGUGAUGGUUGUACAACUUUGAACCCGGCCUCAGACGAGUAUGCUGGUGACAAUUAUGACUGCAACAAUCCGGUUCUCAGGUAUGUAAGUGAUAUUCUUUUUGAAGAAGAUAUUGAGGAUAAGCCCUGUAUAUUGCACGACUAUUUCGCCCUCCAAUCUACUGAGAAAUCUUUCUAUGAUGUCCUCAAUCAAAAGGAUUCUACAGUACUACACCAAAGCUGUCAGAACCCGGAUGAUUACAAUCCUUGUAUUCUCAGCAGUGAACGUGGCGUUAUUUAUGGCAAGAGUUAUGGGGUUGCUGAUGUCCAGUAUUCUCUUGUUGAGUGUCAGCCGGAUACCUCUUUGAUUUCCGAUUCACUUUCAAAGCUACAAAGUCUUGGGAAUUCUGGAAGAGUGGAGGAAGACAACAACUGGCAUGAAAAUUUUAAAAUCCUUAAGGCAAAGAGGUUCCAACCAAUGCCCCAGGGUCCUCAAAGACAUAUAGGAUCAACUUCGGUGUAUGAGCAGCAAAGUGACGGGUACAACUCAGAAAAUGGAUCAGAGGCAAAGAAAGAUCGUCAAAGACCGGAUGAUCAUUGUCUAGAAGAAUGGAGAAGCAACAAGCAGGCAGUUCACUCAGUUGCAUACUCUGCUGACGACUCUGAGCAGCAAGAAAUGUUUGAUAAGACAAUGCUCUAUCAAAAUGUGAAUUUGAAAUCCGCCAAUUCUAGUUCUCAUCAUGAGUCUUCUAACGAGGGAAGUAGACACUCAAAAGGAUCUAAGCUGGCGCGUUCAAAGAGACAAAGUAAAGAGGAGAAAGUAGUAGAUUUGCGCACAAUGUUAAUUCAAUGCGCGCAAGCUAUUGUAAGUUAUGACCAACAAAAUGCUAGUGAACUACUAAAGCAGAUCAGACAACACUCGUCUCCCUAUGGUGAUGCAACCCAAAGACUAGCUCACUAUUUUGCGAAUGGCCUCCAGGUACGCUUGGCUGGUACUAGAGCCCCAUUGCAUUCUUAUAUUGUAGGUCCGCAAAUAUCAACUGUUGAAGUAUUGAAAGGUCUCCAUACGUUUAUCACUGCAGUUCCUAUCAGGACCCUUCCACAAUUCUUUGCCAAUAUGACAAUUAUGAAACUUGCAAAAAAAGCAACAAGUAUUCACAUUAUUGAUUUUGGUAUUUCAUAUGGUUUCCAAUGGCCAUCUCUUAUCCAAUGGCUUUCGGAGAGACAUGGCGGACCACCUAAGCUUCGUAUCACAGCGAUUGAGCUUCCGCAACCAGGUUUUAGACCCACAGAGAGGGUUGAGGAAACUGGUCGUCACUUGGCAAAGUUUUCUGCAAGAUUUGGUGUCCCAUUUGAGUUCCAUGCCAUUGCUCAGAGAUGGGAAACUAUAAGAUUUGAUGAUCUUAAAAUAAACAGAAAUAAGCUGAUUGUGGUGAACUGUCUACACCGGUUAAGGCACGUUCCUGAGAUGACAAUGAUGGGAAACAGUCCAAGAGAUGAUGUCCUAAAGUUGAUCAGGAAAAUCAAUCCAGAGGUAUUCAUCCAUGGGGUUGUCAAUGGGGCGCACAAUUCAUCAUUCUUUCUCACACGUUUCAAACAAGCCAUCUCUUACUACAAUGCAUACUUUGAUAUCACUGAGGCCACAAUGUCUGGUGAGGAUAAACAACGACAUUUUUACGAAAGAACAGGAGCCGGUAGAGAGAUAAUGAAUGUAGUGGCUUGUGAGGGAUUAGAAAUAGUUGAAAGGCCUGAAACAUAUCAGAAAUGGCAGGCAAGGAAUGUGAGGGCUGGAUUCAAGCAGGUGCCAUUAGACCAGGAGCUUUUGGAAAAGGUGAAGACUGUUUCUAAAUCAAUAGGCUAUCACAAUGACUUUAGUAUUCAUGAAGAUGAAAAGUGGAUGUUGCAGGGAUGGAGAGGGAGAGUCCUCUUGGCCCUUUCCUUUUGGAAAGUUGAGUAAGAUUUUCACAAUCUCUUUUUUUCAUUGUUUUGUUUGAUUCUCAAAUCUUUCGUGUAAUUUUUCAUGUAAGAAAUGAGUGUAUGCUACUGUUUCACGGUAUAAUGCAUAACUUCAUUUUUAAUAUCUAA